AUUCAACGACAACGCUCUGCGCGCUGCGAAAAGGACGAUUUUUAAUUAUCAACCACAACGCCACAUUAUCUCCAAUCAUCGCCAAACUUCGUCGCCGACUUUGAUUAGGGUUGAUAAACAUAUGGCUUGGUUGAAAAAAGACAGUAUCGCGAUGUAAAAGCCGCCUCAGGCGCGACGAUUUCACAAUGCCCGACAUCGAGCCAUCAUUAUUGUCUCGGCCCUCCAUCUCUACAACUCCUAUAUUACCUCCAAAGACCAUAAGUGCAUCUGCGCCAAGCGCUCCGAAAGUUUCCAAGUCCUACAAUGUGCCUGCGCGGAUUGACCUCGAGCCGCUCUAUACGGCACUCAAAAGUGCCAUAGGCGAGCACUGGGCGACGUAUAAAGAGUCCAUCAGUCUCUUUGUAAUGGGCCAGUUGAACCAAGUCGAACUAUCAGCCAGAAUCGACCCCUUCCUCGUAACUCCAUCGGGCGAGCUGGAACAUUUACACAAUCAGUUGAUAUCUGCAAUAUAUGGCAAUGUCACCCGAGAGAUGCCAGAUGCGGGCGUGGCGAGCUGGGUGAGCGCAAAUGAUAAGCCGACAACAGGGGCUGGCAGCAAACCUGUCAGUGGAGAUGCUGCAGAACAGAGACUUAAGACGGAAGUAAUGCAACUUCCUAGUCGAGAUCGAAGGCGCCUGAAAGACCUAAGUCAAAAUGAUUUUGAUCCGCAAGACCCAUUCGCUACCUUAUGGGGUGAGCGUCGCCAACAAAUUAAAACAAAACUUGCAGAUGCUGUCCCUGCAAGUGCUGGCGGUUUAAACAAAACGAACUGGGAUCUUGAGAUCCGGAAACGAUAUAUUCAAUCUCUGGCAUCAGAGUCUGGAGAAUUUCCAGACACAUCUACCAUAGAGACUCGCAUGUUGCCUAUAUGCUACGAAACUGGACUGGUUUCUGGUCAUGCACCAGAUGCAGCGCAUUUCAUGUCCGUGGCUACGGAGACAUUUGUCAAAGAAGUCCUAUCCUCUAUUUUCAGUAAAACUCGCAGCAAUGGCCCCGGUACAAGUGGGAGUGCUGGUACUGGUGGUGGAGCUAGCUGGGUACAGACACAUAAGUAUCGAACCCAGCUAGAGAGAGAGGAAGAGUCAUCGUUGCGAGGCGAGGUUCAGAGAGACAAGAGUGGACUGCUGCCUAUUGAAGCCAAAGCUGCGAGUGAGCGUGGUCCCCUCGGCAUGGCUGAUGUUCGAACUGCCUUGGAGCUAGGCGAUUGUGGUCUUGGUCAGAUGCCAAUGAUGGUCCAACAAAUCAUGCUUGGGUACCGAGAAGGUGAAGUUGAAGCAUGGGACGAUUAUUCCUACCCCGACUCGCAUGUCAGAAUUGUUGGUGAAGAUGCAGACGGUGAUAUUGAAAUGGGUGGCGUUAAUGGCACGAAUGGUAUAAACGGCCAUACGUAUGAUAGGGAUAACGAAGAUUGGGGCUGGGAAGGUUGUGAAGGUGAAGAUAAAUCUACUUUGGACAGUUUGCUGGACUCUUGUCUAGCUAUUUGAUUGUCUAGGAGACUAGGGGAGGAGCAUGGAAGGUGUUCGCGUUGCAUUUUUUCCACGUUACAUAACGGCUUUGCAUGGUGUCUUGGGAUAUACAGUGCUAUUUAUUUACUGUACAAAAAGACAUGGGAGGAAAGGCGUUCAAGGAUAGGGGCCUUUGUACUUGGACGAUACCCCAUCGUGGCUGCCGAGCCACUGCUGAUAACCACAAAAUUAUACAUAAGUACAUUUAAAAAUUCUGAC